CCAGAGCUCCCCCGCCAGCCCGCGUGCCCGGUGGGCGGUGUUUCUGGUCGGCCCCCACCCCCUGGCCUCCUGGGAUGCAGCCGAGGAAGCUGUGACCCGGCCGAUCUGCACGACUGCCCGCGACCGCGCCGAGGAGCUGCUACAAUGUCCCGCCAACCAAUGAGUGACACAGCUGAAAAUGGGGAUUGUUCCAAGGGAAGCACAGGAAAUGGACCUCAGAAUUUGGCUCAUCCAGACCUGGAAACAUUCACUCCAGAGGAGAUGCUGAAACAGAUGAAGGAGCUCCUUAUUGAGAACCACCAGUUAAAAGAGGCCAUGAAGCAAAAUAACCAAACUAUGAAGGGACGGUUUGAAGAGCUUUCAGCCUGGACAGAAAAACAAAAGGAAGAACGUCAGUGUUUUGAGUUGAAGUUCAAAGAAGUCAAGGAGAGUUUGUUAUCUUUGAGUAAUGAAAAUGAAAAUUUGAGAGCAGAAAUUGAAAACCUUAAAGGAAAAAAAGAAAAGUCUUUUGAGGACAUCACUGGUGACUCCAGGAUUCCCAGGACAGACCAAGAAAUGGAACAACUAAAGACACAAGUUACUCGUCUUCAAGCUGAGAAGGCAGAUUUACUCGGCAUUGUAUCAGAAUUACAGCUGAAGCUGAACAUAGGCUCCUCUGAAGACUCAUUUGUUGAAAUUAGAAUGGCUGAAGGAGAUGAGACUGGAGCUCUAAAAGAAAUCAAGAAUGGUCCCGGGUUGAUGACACCUGACCCCAUUGACAAGAACAAAUCUGUGGAUGGGGCAAAGAAUUAUUUGGAAUCUGAGGAAUUAACUGUUAGUCAGCUUCUACUAUGCCUCAGGGAAGGAAAUCAGAAGGUGGAAAGACUUGAAACUGCACUCCGGGCAGCUAAAGACAGACUUGCAGAUUUAGAAAAGAAGGCAAGAGAUCAUUCUGAGAAUGGCACCCAGACUGAGGAGGGCCCUGGAGAAGAAAAAGAAAAGGAACAAAGCAUAGAGACUGUUGGAAGUGAAGUGGAAACACUGAACCUCCAGGUAACAGCUUUAUUUAAAGAGCUCCAAGAAGCUCACACUAAACUCAGUGAAGCCGAACUGAUGAAGAAGAGGCUUCAAGAAAAGUGUCAGGCUCUUGAAAGGAAAAAUUCUGCAACCCCAUCAGAGUUGGAUGAAAAGCAAGAAUUAGUAUAUAUCAACAAAAAGUUGGAGCUACAAGUGGAGAGUAUGCAGUCAGAAAUAAAAAUGGAACAAGCCAAAACAGAUGAUGAAAAGUCCAAAUUUGCCAUUUUACAGACUACACACAAAAAGCUUCUUCUUGAACAUAGCAAUGCACUGAAAACAAUUGAAGAACUAAAAAGAAAAGAGACAGAAAAAGUUGACAGGUCAGUGGUGAAGGAACUAAAUGAAAAACUUGAUUUAGCGGAGAGAGCCCUGGCUUCCAAGCAAUUGCAAAUGGAUGAGAUGAAGCAGACUAUUGCUAAGCAAGAGGAAGACCUGGAGACCAUGGCUGUCCUCCGGGCUCAGAUGGAGGUUUAUUGUUCUGACUUCCAUGCUGAGAGAGCAGCAAGAGAGAAGAUUCAUGAAGAAAAGGAACAACUGGCAUUGCAGCUGGCACUUAUGUUGAAAGAAAACAACGUUUUUGAAGAUGGGAGCAGCAGACAGUCUUUGAUGGAACUGCAAAGCCGUCAUGGGGCCAGAUCAACAAAUGAACAAGACCAGCAACCCUACCUUGUUCAGAGAGGAGCUGAUGAUAGAAGCUGGCGGCAGCAACAACAGCAAAGGAGUAUUCCAAUCCAUUCGUGCCCCAAGUGUGGAGAAAUUCUGCCAGACAUAGAUACAUUGCAGAUUCACGUUAUGGACUGCAUUAUAUAAAUGUUGAUGUCAAAACAAAACAAAAAAAACCACCCUUUCUGGUAGAUAUUGACUUCGUCCUCUAAGAGCUGUACCUUUGUGUGUUUUUCCUCAAAUAUUUUGGCCCAUUACAUUUGUUUUAGAAGAAAGAAAAACUUCUGUGUGUUAAAUGAGUCACUGAUUGUCCAUAAAGGACUCCAUUUAAAUGAGCUUCAUUUUUUGUGUUCAGUUUAUACCAGCUUUGCACCUUAAUAUCUAGAUAAAUUAAUGUAAUCAGAAGAUAAACUUUACUGAUCAAUUUAAAGUCCUGUAAGUGGGCAGAAAAGAUGAAGUGGUUACAGGUUUAAUCAAGAAACAGACUUCCCGUUUUCGAAGUAUUCUAACAAAUUGUACAGUUCUUUUUAUUCAUCACCCAUUUAAAAUGAAUCCUGUUGGAUUUUUUUUUUUUUGCAUUAUAGUUUAUUUACUGUAGCUAGUGUAAGCAUACUAGAUUUUUUUUGUAUGCUUUUUAUCUGGGCACCAUGCGCUUUAACUUGACAUAAGAAAAAUGAAAAAUUGUGGGCAUAUGUGAAGCAAGUGUUAGGUUUAUUUGAUUUUAUGAAAUAGUUUACAGUGUAAAGAUGUUAACUUUGGGGUUUUUUUUAGUUAUUAAGCAUAAGUAGGUUUGUACAGUAGAUGCUUAUUCACUUGUUGACAAGAGAACAGAUGUUUAUUCAUUUUCUUAAAUGAUCAAGUUACAUCUUAAGAGUCAUAAAAACAAAAUGAUUGCAAAAUAAAACUGCUUAUAAAUAUUUUAGGCUUUUUCUUAUAUGUAUAUUGACUAAUUUCUUAACAUGCAUUUUUCUGUAUUAAAUUAUAUACAUAUAACUAGCUAUAUGUAUUUGUUUGCUUAAUUCUCUGGACAUGACAAAAUCUCAUUCCUGGAGGCCAGUUCUCAUACUUAGAUUGCCAGUAGCUACAUCCUGGGAUGUAGAUUUAGCUAUCCUUAAGUGAGCCUAGUUCCAACUGGCCAGCAAAUUUUGAACCAGCCAUGAAAAUAAGCCCAAGUCUGCAACCCCACAGACUAAAAAAAAAAUUAAGACAGCAAAUCAACAUCUUCUAUGUCUUUAUAUUAUCUUUGGGUUUCAUUUUCAUGGUGUGUGAUAGGAAUACUGUAUACUUUAGUACAAGCUGGCAAUGUCUAUUCUAUGACCCUGGUCAAAUUGAGGAGCUGGUGAGAGAGUGGGCCCAGAUUCAGCAGAUGGAGUGUCUUGCAUAAGGAACAUCAAGAGGCCACUCUCUGUGUGCUGUAAAGUAACUAGAGGGGAAUAAAGUAUAAGAAAGUGGGAAGGUAGGAAAGGGCCAGGUUGUGAAGGGUUUUAAAUCCCAGACAGAAGAAUUUGUAUUUGAUCUUAGGUAAUAGGAAACCACUAAAACUUUUGAAGAGAGGAGUGACAUGCUCAGACUUUUCCUCUAAGAAUACCACUUUGGCAACUGUGUGGAACGUGGAUAGAAGAAGGAAGAUAUCUGAGACAGGGUGACCAAUUAGGAGGCUAUUGUAAUAGUCCAAAUGGAAGAUGAUAAAGACUUGAACUAAGAUGGUACCUGUGUAAGUGAAGAAAUGGGGACAGAAACAAGGGAUGAUAUAAAGGUAGAAUCAAUAAGACUUAGGAACGGAUGGAAUAUGUGGGGUAAGGAAGAGUGAGGAAUCAAGAAUUAUUACAAGGUUGUACGUUUGGGAAGAGAAAGAAGAGGACCCAGGACAGAACCUUCAGGUAUUCCCAAGUAUAGAGCCUUAUGCUGAACAAGGAGAGGGAUCCAACAAAAUAAAUCAGUUGGGUAGGAAGAAAAAGAAGAAAGCAGUGUCAAGAAAACCUAAGGAGGAGAGGUUGUUCAGUAGUACCGGAUGGUACAGAGAAGUCAAGUAGGAUAAGAACAGAGACAAAGGCAUCAGAUUUGGCAAUUAACAGAGCAUAGCUAACAUUGGAGAGGGCAAGGCAGAAGCCAUAUUGUAAAAGGUUUAUAAAUAAAUGGGAAGUGACACUGAUAGCUUUGGCUAGAAGUGUGGCUGUGAAGGGGAAAAGAAAUAUAGUUUGUUAGGAUGGUACAAUUAAAUGACAAUUGUUGUUGUUCAAGGAGGAAGAUCUGGAGAUGUUUUUAGGCAUCAGGCAAGAUGCCUGUGAAUAAGGAGAGGCUGAAAAUUUUGAGAGAAGAAAUGUUCCCAGAAAAGGCAGGAGGGAAUAAGGGCACAAGGCGUGGUUGGUGAACAGACAACUUCCUCAGAGACCAUAACAAAAGAGAGAGGGAGAUGCUGAGGUGAUUUGGAAUGCAGAGUUGGAGAGAAGAGGGAACUCACAAUGGAAGGCCCCAAUUUUCUCAGUUAAAUAUUUGGCAAAGCCCUUGGCUUAGGCAGAGGGUAUGAUUUAGAUAGCUUCAGGAAAGAAGAGAAGAUUUGGAGGAGAUGCAGAAAGGAAUAGGAUAGAAUCGAUCAGGGAUUAGUAAAAGGACUGGUAGAUAACUGUGAUGGUCCAGAUAUGAAUGGGUUAUACAACUCUAGUGAACUAUGGGUAAACUCUAGUGAACCCAGUUAGCACAGUUCGUGACUUGCUCCAUUUGCUUUCAGCAGGAUGCAUGUAGGGGAGAAGGCAGAAUAAUCCAGGGAUAGGAUUUGGAAAUGAGCAGGGUAGGACAAAGGAGCAGAUUUAAGGGUAGAUAACAGUGUAAAAGUUCAACUGGUUACCUCUAGGAUCUUGAAGGAAGGAAAGAGGCCAGAGCCAGGGUGAGGGCCGAGAAAGCAACUAGAGGAUGAAGUGACAACAAAAAAAAUAAAUAAGCAUAUAAUAGAGGUAAGGCACAGGGAAAGAAGAUGUAGAAUUCUUUUUCAGGUAAGGAACUAAAAGUUCUCUGUAAGAACCUUCCAAAUUUGUGAUUCUAUGAUUCCCCCUGUAGCUGGGGGAAUUGGUUCAUAGUUGUAAGAACAUAUGGUGUGCAUUGUCAAUGUAUUUAUAAUUGACCAUUGGCUUCUGGCCACCUUCCCUGGUGCUGCUGUUCAGCUCAACUAAAGAAAUGUACCAAAAGUACAUCUUAAUGCUCUGUGUCCAACAUAUCUUUUUUUUUCCCUUGCUCUUCCAUUAAAGGGCUAGUUUGUGUUGAUA